AAACAGAGCGGGUUCAGUUUAGCAUGUCACCAGUCAACGCUUAAAGUACGCUUAGUAAUUCCAGUUGAAUUGUACAUCUCACCACACCGAAUAGUGUAUUUAUGAACUUGUAAAUGCAGAGGACCUCUCACGCAACUGAACAUGGGUGUGAAGGGCUUACAAUACUUUAUGGAGACAUCUUGCCCAGGUACUUGUGUGCCGGUUGACCUAAAACAGAUGGCAGAGAAUCACGUCAAAGACCAUCCUGACACUACCGCUACAGUUGUAGUGGAUGGAAUGGCCUGUUUAAGAUACUGGUAUCGCUGUCAAGCUUGGGUACAUGGAGGUCAAUGGCAAGAGUAUAUGCACAUCCUUCAGGAAUUCAUCAGUGCGUUUACUGCUGCAGGCAUACGAUUGGUCUUUUUCUUUGACGGAACAGUUGAGGAACAAAAGCGUACCGAGUGGGUGAAGAGACGUCUGAGAGUCAACCAAGACAUUGCAAGAAUUUUUCAGCACAUUAAGGCUCACAAUCAACAGCCGAAUAGCAGAGACCUUUUCUGUCUACCCUCUGGACUCGCAACCUUCUCCAGAUUUGCCCUCAAAACUCUUGGCCAAGAAACAUGGUGCUCUGUGCGUGAAGGAGAUUAUGAGAUUGCCGAAUAUUCCCUCUCUCACAACUGCAUGGGCAUCUUGGGUCAAGACACAGACUUUGUCAUAUACAACACAGUCCCUUACCUUUCCAUCAGUAAACUCAAUUUAGACAAUAUGACAACUGUGUUGUUGUCCAGAGAGACAUUAUGUCAGGUCCUUAAGCUUCAUAGGUCUGACCUCCCUCUCUUGGCCUGUAUGUUGGGUAAUGACAUAGUGUCUGAACAGCAAUUGCAACGUCUCCGCAACACUGCUUUGAGAUUAUUUCGCAAGAAACACGGGCAACUUCAAGGAGACAAAGUCUAUGCUGUCGCAGAUUUCAUCAACGUUCAUCGUUCCCGCAGCGAGGGAACGUUUGGUGUUUCCUCACUGCCGUUAAUUGAAGCAGAGAAAGAAGCUUUAGAAAAAGGAAUCCACAUGUAUCUACUUCCUGGGCAAAUGUCCCCUUGGUUAGAGUGCCGCCGCCCCUCUUCAGAGUCAUUGUGUUUGAUGGGCAAGUACGUUCCUCGUGACAUAUUACAGGCAGCGAAAGAGAAGCACACUCGCGCAGAGUGUUUUAUGAUCUAUAAUGUGCUGUAUGAUGGAGUUGUGGACUGCAGUAACACAUUAGAGGAUGAGGAUGAGGUUGAGUUACCACCGCAGGCCAUCUUAUAUCUGCCUGUCCGAGAGCGCAUCUAUGGCCUUUUCCUGCCAAUACAGUCAGGUGGUUCUGUGUCAGUCAACGAAUGGUUUGUCUUCCCAGGAAAUCCACUUAAGGAGCCAAACCGAGUCACUCCAAAACCCCUCAACCAUCCAAAAGAGCCCCCUGAUCUAAUGGCUCUGUGGUUUCGGACGUACCCUGAGGUGAAAAGAAACCAAGUAUCAACACUCCUAGGUGUCUUUGACCUGUACGAGUUAACUGAAGAGCUGCAGCAGUUUGACAGCCCUUUGAUUGCCGUGUUUUGUCUCGUAACCUACAUCACCAUUCAGACGAGACACCUUUCUCUGGAAGACAUAGAUGCGUAUCUGUGCCAAGCUGUUUGUGUCAGAUUCAAAACCUUCACCCAACUGCAACAGCUCAGGACCCCUUUUGUAGACCCUAGGGCUGUUCAGCUCGGCUCGCUCUUUGUGCGGGGUCUGACCUACCUCAUUGCUGCCAACAGUGCUUGUGGAUUCCCUUUUCCAAUGGGUGAGCUCAUGCCAUGGAAGACCUUUGAUGGCUUGCUUUUCCAUUCCAAAUAUCUGAAAGCCCACUCGGGGUGUCCAAGUGAGGAGCUACUAGAGGGCAAUCCCUCCUGGACAUCUUUGUUCCUGUCCAUCAGAGAGCUGGUGCUGGAAGCCUGCAGGAGGCGCGGUGUCUCUGUCCACAGCCAACCGCGCAGACUGCAGUACAGUGAGGUGAGGCCUGUGGAUGUUGAUGAUCUGAAUCGAGAAAGACGACCCCAGCUCCAUCAUACCGGACGCCAGGAGUUCAGCCAGCUGCACAGAGGUCCUGUUCACUACCAGCAAGGUUACAGACCGAGACAUCCAAAGAGAGGGAGGUAUCACCUAGCACCCAGAUGGCCUCAUUCUCAAAGCUAAAGAUUGGCUUUGCACUGUCUGACUGAUUGAAAUGGUUUGCCUCUUGUGGAAACAAUUGUCAUCCACCUAAAAGUGCAUUGGCCAAGUUCAUGAACACCUUUAUUUACAUCCUGCUCCUUUGUUUUGUCUAUAGCUAUUUACUGAUGGAAGUCUCUGCGGUGUCAAUUAAUAUGCACACUAAAAACAUGAGCUAUCUUAAACAAUGUUAACAGUUAAAUUGUCCAUUUAUGUGCAGUUUUAUAACCCUCCCCUUGCCUCUUCAGUGAUAUACUGAAAUGGCCUUAAAAUGAUGUCUUACAGUGAGAUUACAGUCACUUUUUUUCCCUCCAUGUGGAUGAUAUGAAUCAGUGACCAAAAUGGAAGCUUCCUAACGUAUGCGCCAAACCCAUAUAUGAUGAAUAUUCAGCACAGACCCUAAUUAGACUCCGAUGAUCUCGUACCUUUCAACUGCUGGUUUGGCAUUGACUCCAAUUGUACACAACUCCAACGAUUAUUUUCCUGCCUCCCUCAACACACUCUGAUGUGGUGAAUUUUCAGUCAGCCGUACUACAGAAAAUUGUUAAUGAUAAUCUAUGUAUUGCCAUCAGGAAUUGAGAUUAUUGAGAACCGUUGAGAUUGUGGUUUUAGAAUAUUGUGGUGAAAAAGUUCCCACAAAUACGUAUUGUACUGAUAUUCAGUUUAAUGUCUAUCACAAGUUUUAACAUCGCAUAAAUAACUUGUGUGUUUAUUCAGGCAGAAUUUCAUGAAAGCAUUAGUAUGGGUGAUACCUCUAUUCAGGCACAAUUAAAAGAUGUAAAUAAAUAAACAUCUGUUUUUCAUUAUCAGCUAAUGUCUCGUCAUUCUUACGUGAUAUUCCCAAAGUGAAAAACCCCAUUGUGAUACUUGUAAUUUAUGGAUCUGAUUAAGAAAAAACAUCAUGUGCUAUGAUCAAAACACAAUUUAUAGAUAAAGAGUUUUUUUGGCUCUGUUCCUCUUCUUGCCCAUUAAGCCAUGAAACGGACCCUAUGCUAGAUAUUGUUAAACACCCAGUUGCGGAAAUAUGAUCUGGAGAAAGUUCCACAGCUCAAGUGGUCAAAGCAAAGUUCUCCCCUCUUAUCUACAGAAAACGAAACUCACAGGAAUGAAAAACCUCAGUAUCUUAGUCAAGGUUACAGACAUAAAAUAAAAACAUAUAUUAAAAAAAUAAAACCAAAGCACUUAAUGAGCAGUGUUGACAUAUAUCCCAUGGAAACGGUUUCAGGGGGACAUAUUUAAGCAAUCAAAUUUGUAUACGCAACUGUUAACAAGACGAGUCAUCGAUAUUUUUUUGUCUGUUUUUUGUUUUCUUUUGUGAAGAGAGAUUUCAAUUUAAAUGCAUGUACAGUAUCUGCUAAAAGUUUACUUUGCCAAGUGUUAGGAGUACACUUGACCACAAUGCUAACAGACAAGAACUAAAAGCCACAAAACUCCCAUUUUUAUUUCAUGGUGUCUUUUAAGGCCUCCAAAAGCAAGUGGAAUGGGAUAUUGCUGGACCGGACAGAGAUGUUUAUUUUUAAAUGCACAAAAUAAUUUCCUCAGAAGUAUUUGAAUUUAAUUAUAUAUCUGUUUAUUCAGACUUGGCUGUCUUGGCACAGGCCAUGUGCCGAUUGUGUAUCCUAUCCUUUUUCAAACUAAAUAAAUAAAACCACUAGA